AUGAUCGGAGAUGCUUUCUUGGUAAAGUGCCCUGCUCAAUACACGUGUCUACCAAGCGGUGAUUGCUGCGAAAACAGCCAAGUAGUUCUUCCUCCUGAUGAGUGCAAAGAUUUCAUGGAGCACUGCGACAGCCUUCAAUGCGAUCAUGUUGACUUUAUCGAGUUCGCUCGUGCCAACUGCGCGAAAACGUGCAACUACUGCUUUGAAAACUCCACGCUGCCACCAGAGUACUCGUGCACGGAUCUGCUCGAGGAUUGUCACGAUCGCUUGGAUCUUUGUCGUGACAAGGAUUUCAUUGAUAUGAUGGCGGUAUUUUGCCCUCGAUCGUGCAUGCUUUGCACCCACAGAGCACGAGACGAAGAAUGCCACGAAUUAGUUGAUGACUGCGCAUCUCGUGAGAAGUUCUGCACCACCGUGAAGACAUCAGAAUACCAAAAGAGAAUGGGCUGUGGAAAGACUUGUGGAAAGUGCUGA